AUGCUUCGUUCAAUAUUAAAUAGAAAUAUUUUGUGGAAAUUCAAGUUAGAAAUUAAUUCACAAAGUGAAGUCAAUUUCCAGGCAUGUUUUCGUCACUCUGUGGCAGGCGCGGGUACUCUGCGACCUUUGAAAGUGACUUCACGAGAACACGGUCGAAGGGAGGAUAAGAAUAAGAUGGAUCAAUAUCCAAGGAGAGGAGAGAGGAGACAUUUUACAGAAGAAUUUGAUGAUGCAGAAGAACUGGACAAUUUGGCGAGCUCGAUUAGUAAAUAUACAAACAAGAGAGAUGCGAACAUGAUAAAACAACUCAAAACUCACAGAUAUAAAACACUUGAACAUAAAUUCUUUCGCAAACCGUCGCCUCCAGACUUGCUGACAUGGGCAGCAAAAGAGCAGAUACGAUAUUUACAUUCAUUGGAUCCUGAAGAGUAUAGUGUAGAAGCCUUGUCAGAUUUGUUUCCUGUUAGCGAGGAAAUUAUUAAGCAGAUGAUUAAAUCAAAAAUACGCAUGAUUCGGGAGAAAGAUAUGCUACAGCAUGAUGAGAAUGUGCAGAAAAACUGGGAAGAUUUAAUGGCAUCCUUAGAAAACGAAGACCCUGCAAUAUCUGAUAAAUUGCAAGCUUUCAAGAAUUCACAAGGUGAAAUAAUAAUUCAGAAUGCCACUGGUGUUAAAGAUCUUCCUUUUUCUGAGAGAAAUACAGAUAGAUUUUUUCCCAGAGGUGAAUUUUCUGCCAUUGUCAAGGACUGUUAUGAUGCUAAAAAAAAAGCAUUGAAAGAAGCCAGAGAAGAGUUGCAAGCAAAAUCGGAGGACAUUUCAGCAGUAUUGUCUAAGGUUUCGGAAAAAAUCAAGAUGACAUCUGAAAGAAAAACAACUAGUUCAAGGCUUUUGAAAUUAAAGAAUAAAAGUACAUUUCGAACAAAUAAUUCAACUGCUCAUCGCACAGAACAACUUGCGAACAGAAAUACAACAAAUUCAGGUCCUGUAAUCCAGGAAAAUAAUGUUCAACAAAAUGUGGGCACAAUAAUGGUCCAAAAAUAUAAAGACAGUUUGUUGAAUGACCAUGCAGAAGAGUGUCAAAAUAUGAAGCGUAAUAUUGCGCGCAAAAUUCCUGUGAAACCUGAGGCACAACAAAGAAACAGCAGUGCUACUUAUAUAUCAGGAGAUUGUGUUUAUGACAAAAGUGGGACAUUUCUUUACAGAAUUCCAUGA